CACGGCUCUCCUGACAGCCGACAGUGGCGAGCGGCUGCUGCAGAGUCAGGCUGGUGGUCCUGGCAGGUUCGCUCGCCCUUCCGUCGGGGCCCGUCAGCACAGCCCUGUCGCUUCUGUCACCAGCACCGGGGCCGACAUGUGCCUAUGACCAUGGAGAUGAAGGACUCGGGCAGCGUAGUCCUCACAGCGUACCAUCCCCACAGCCCGGCCAGGAUACCGGGCAUGGAGCAGAGCUUUCUACAGGAUAUCCCUCCCAGCCAUUCACCCGCCAGCAGAAAGUCCCUCUCUCGUUGUCGAAGAAUUAACAGGAUGCUUUCAAAUGAGUCAGCACCUCCUCCUACAUUCAGUCGCUCCAAUUCGCAGGCCUCCAUGGACAGCACUUCCAUGGAGGACUUCUGGUGUGAAGUGGAGAGCAUCAAGGAGAGCAGAGAAGAUGGAUCUGAAGAAGCAACAGUCUUAGAGUUCAAACCUGCUGAUGAAGGGGAACUGGAGGCAGAAUGGCUGCAAGAUGUAGGUUUAUCUACGUUGAUCUCUGGAGCUGAAGAGGAGGAUGGCCAAGCUCUGCUGUCCACUCUGACCAGAACUCAAGCUGCUGCCGUACAGAAGAGGUACAACACCUACACUCAGACCCUGAGGAAGAAGAACAAGCACACAGUCCGGGAUGUGCGAGACAUCUUUGGCACCAAUGACUCUCCUCUCACGUUUGAGACAGUUCCGGUGCCACCAGUUCCUUCUAACGGUAUCCAGCUCCCUGGGCAGAAGGCAGUUUGGAAAUCAGUUACCUCUAAUAGCUGUCUAGACUGCGGACUAGAUAAAGGCAGCCCAUCCGUAACAGAAGAGCUCUCUUAUGAGGUCUCUUUCUCAGAAUCCAUUACAGUCCUUCCAAAAACCCAAGAGUGGCCAAAAAAUCAGAGGUUCAAAAAAGAAGACUCGGCUUUGCCUAAAUUCGUUGUUCGGAAGAGCCGGUUUGGACUGACAGAGGUUGGAGACCUCUCCCCUGAAGACAUGAAGAAGAUCCGCUACCUCUCCCUGAUUGAGCUGACAGCCUUCUACGAUGCGCUGGGGGUGGAACUGAAGAGGAACCGUGCAGAGAGAGUGCGGGGACGAGAGAAUGGUCUUUUCGGAGUCCCUCUCACUGUGCUGCUGGAGAACGAUCAAAAGAAGGUUCCUGGAAUAAAAGUUCCCCUUAUCUUCCAAAAAUUGCUGCUCAAGCUUGAGGAAACAGGUUUGGAAACUGAAGGAAUUCUGCGGGUUCCUGGAUCUGCCUCCAGAGUAAAGAAUCUCCAUCAAGAACUUGAGGCAAAAUUUUAUGAAGACACUUUUGACUGGGACCAAGUACGAAAUAAUGAUGCAGCGGGACUGCUGAAAAUGUUUAUAAGAGAACUCCCAAGCCCACUCUUCACAGUAGAAUAUCUGCCUGCUUUCAUCACGCUAGUGGAAAAAAUCUCCAAGAUCAAGUUACAGCUACAAGCUUUGCAUCUGUUGAUCAUGCUGCUGCCUGAAGCCAACAGAGAUACAGCCAAGGCCUUCCUUCAGUUCCUGAAGAAGGUGGUUGCUAAUGAAGGGAAAAACAAGAUGAAUUUGUGGAAUGUUUCUAUGAUUGUUGCACCAAACCUCUUCAUCUACAAAGGGAAACGUGCAAACCAACAAGAAAUGCAAGCAGCUGCCACCACAGCACACAUCGUGCGGCUGUUAAUUCGGUACCAGGACAUCCUGUGGACAGUCCCAUCUUUCCUGAUUUCCCAAGUGAGAAAAAUGAAUGAGGCAGCGAUGAACAACAGCAAGAGACAGUUGAUGUUUGACAAAGGAGUGAGAAAACUUCUGAGGAGAAAGACCAUGGAACGGGAGAGACCUGAAAGACCAGAGGGAGCUGUCACUUUUCCCCCAUACCUGCAGUCUGACAUACCCGAGGGGGUGAUAAGAGUUUAUGCUCCACUGCAUUCAAAAGUCUCUAUGGCAAUUCAGCUCAACAGCCAAACAAAAGCCAAAGACAUCCUGGCUCGAUUCCACUGUGAAAACAGCCGUGGAUCAUCACAGAAUAUGAGAGGCCAGAUCCAAAGUUUACAUGAAAUUGGAGGAAAUAUAGGUCAGCACUGCUUGGAUCCAGAUGCGUACAUGUUAGAUGUCUACCGUGCAAAUCCUCAGGCAGAAUGGGUGAUAAAACCAAAAGCGAGCUGAAGCAGAAGGCUGCAGUGUACUGGACAAAAGCCAAAUGGACAAGAGUGAUGCCUGUCAUUUUAAGAAGCUCUUGCAGAGACAAAACGGUAGCUACAGGACAUCAUUCCUUCCUACUGUACUGUCCAACUGAUGGUCAGCACAUACUAAUUUUGGUAUUCCAGAUUCUGACCAUCAGAAAAAUAUCACAUCAGUUAUACUUUCAUAUGGAUUACACUUGUGCCAGUUGGCCCAGGAAUUGAGGAGGACAGACCAAGGUACGGUGUGCAGAAAACAACCUGUCACAUACAAGUUGUUCAUUUCCUGACCUGGUGUUAGAACACAGAUUUUUGAUAAUAAUCCAGUGGCAUCAGAGGAUGAAUGAAACACUACCUACCACAGUGUAGCACAGAAGCACCACAGAGACGUUCAAGAAGAGAAGGUACCUGUCAGAUGUGGAAGACAGGAGCUCAACAUGCAGCAGUGCCAAGAUACAGCCAUGUGACAAAACCAAACCUUUCUGCUGAAAGUAAACCUGUACAGUGUGCAUUACUGCAAUAAUUGUCUCUCAGUCACUCUUCAUGAGUACCUGAUACUGCGGGUGGGAGGCAGGGGAAAGAACUACUGUAUAGACAGCUAUACUGCCUAAUGUGUACCACUGUAUUACAUAUCACUACCAGUCUUCCAAAAUUGUCUGUCUGGAUCAUGUAGCUGUGUGCAAUUGUAAUGCCACAAACCAUUCUCUCCUUCCUUCCUCUGUCACACACACAAAUUUCAGGAGAUAAAUGCUAGGUAAGAAGGGGCAUAUGACCCUGGCUCUGCCUUUUACUUGAUACUCUCAGAAUUAAGUCUGUGUAAUGCCAUACUAUAAGAUAUGUGUUAAUGGUGCCGCUUACAGUCACCACUUGUUUUUGUCAAAUAUUAUAGUUUCUUAUUUGUAACCUAAUUAUUUUUAUUUUGUUUAUUUUAGCUUUAAUAUGUAUGCAAUUUUUAUACUAUUCAGCUGCAUUGACAAGAGAGAUCUUUGUUCAGGUCUUGUAUAAUACAACAUGGAGAAGAAAAAGAGCUUCCAAUGAGCAGUGGGAUUUAAUAAUUUACACAUUAGGUCUUCAAAACAAUAGCCAAACUAGGCCCAGUCAUGCUAGGGGUUUUACAAAUACACAGAAAAUUGCAGCUCCUUUUACAAAUGACAUGCAGUCUAAGAAAACACAGGCUGACAAGAGAACAACAUGCUGCAACU